GGAAGAGUUGGAGUGAAAUCUGCCCUUGGUUGAUGAUAUAUCAAGGGACGCGGCAGUGGCCAAGUACAAGUGGCAGGAGCGAGUCGGUACCUACCGCAGCCAAGGUUCCAUCACGGGGUGCGGUUGAACAGUGACCGUCGCUGAACCAAGAUGUCCCAGUGCCCUAAAGGAGGAGCUGUGAUCCACCACAAGGUGGUGGACGGCAAACAUCGCUACAGGAUUGGAGAGGUCCUGCAGAGCAAAAGCGCACGCUUUCCUUUCAGGAGCGGUGACCAAUUGCUGCAGAUAAACGGGGAGAAUGUGUUGGCUUUCCCACCCGAGACCUUGGCUGAGAUACUGAGAGAGAGAUUCAUACUGCUGACUCUUCACAGUCCCAGCAUCAAGACAGCGUCAGCUGAGCCCAGCGAGGAUGUGGGCCCAGUGUACCAGCCGUACAACAAGCAAGAGACCCAGCUCCAGUUCAGCUUAGCCAUGGUGCAGAAGAAUGACGGCUGCGAGAGCUUGGCUUCAGUCCAUAACAAUGACGCUACCAUCGGGGGGAAGGAUGGGACCUGCCCAGCUCCAGAAACACCCCCCACACCUCUGAACAGCCCACAGCCCAGCAGCGUGGGAGAGGAAAAUGGAGGGGUGGUGUGUGACAAGGAUGAGGCACGGGUAUUGCUGGUGGCACUCAAUCACUUUUCGGUUUCCGUUGUCCGGGCUCGGGGCCCUCACUGCUCCUCGGGAACACUGUGCCCAGUGUGCAAGCAGGAGGAGUGUGAAAUACAGAAUGUGAAUGUCAGCACAGAUCCCAAAUCAGAGGUCUUCUACCUAAAAGAAGAGGCAUCUCCCAACGAAUGCUGUGGGAUGAUAAUGAAAUUAAUGAAUAGCGAUUGUCCAUUUCUGAUUCACAACGAGCGAGACCAGUACUUGCGACCUGGGGUCUGCCGCAGAAGAAUAGUCCUUAGUCGGCAGAAUUCCGAGUCUGCCCAGAUGACCAUCUUUUAUUAUAAAUCCAAUAAAAUACCCAAUCCGUAUCAUGGGCUGCCAGUCGUGCUGAAGUUCUCCAACACCAACUGUUUUCUGAUGUGUCACAGUGAGGAGCCUAAGAUACUGCUCAGGAUAGAGGAAUGCAGCUCUGAGUCUCUGAAGAAGAUUACAGAGGGGAGCCUGAAAUGGCGUUUCAUCUUCUACAUGAAGGAGCAGCAAGAUGGUACCCUCAGCUUCGAAUCGGCUCAGUACCCAGGCUGGUUCAUCAACAACCAGUGGAACGAUAAGAGGGCUGAAAUGAAAAGAACCGUGGAAGAAACGCUAAAUGCAGAUUUUAUAUUUAUUUUACUGAAAGUAUGAGUUUUGAUGGUCAUAGGGAAUAAAAUUACUCUGCUAAUUUACCUUUGCUGACUAGUGAAGAUGGCACUAAAUGUUCUGGAACUGAUUCAUCAUGGAUUCAGUCCACUCUCCACUCUCCCACCUACUCACCCCCACAGUUUAAAGCAGCAAACUGAUCUGCACCCCAACCCUACCCCACCAGCAGACAGGUGUGCGCAGCGAGGCAGAGUUGACUCCAACCAUCCAGGAGGCAUCAGGUAGCGCAUCUGUGGAUAUACCCCAGGAAUACCCGCUGCUUGCUGGCUGAUAAAGGCUUUUCACAAUUUUUAAAUGACAGCUAUUGAAAUAGAUUUAAACACUCAAUAAAUAAUAUUUAUUAAACUGACUUCGAAAUAUUUAUUUAAGCAUUAUUUCAAUGUUUUUAAUUAUUUGUCAGAAUAUUUAAGUAAUUAGAAACCUACAGGCUAUUCCCGGGUAACGAAUGGGUUCUGUCUUUACUGGCAUCCAUUAACUCUCUUGCAAUGUGUUCCAGCAUUCACCACUCUCUGGGUGAAGAAGGUUCCCCUCAGAUCUCACUGUUCACAUUCCUACUUACUUGCUGUUAACUGACAUCAUUUGUGGGGCAGCUGCUGGAAUCUAUUAAUGUUGCUAGAUUCAUUGACCAUAGACAGCUGGGUCUCUCUGCACACCAACACCUUUCAAUCCAUCAGCAUUAAAAAAUACUCUGUAUUUCCACGUCUUCUACCCAAGUUUCAUUUUUCCACAUUAUAUUCCAUCUGAUGUGCUCUUGCCGAUUCACUUACCUCAUAGUCAUAUCCCACUAAACUGUCUCCACAUCCUCUGAGCCCACACUGCCAUCUAGCUUUGAAUCUUUGUA